AUGCUGCUGUCAUAUGAUUUCUGUGUAGCAGACCUACAGGGUCCUGAUAGCCCUUCGGGCUAUCAGUGCAAGCCACCUAAGACACUCACGGUGGAUGACUUUGUCUUCUCCAGCUUUGUAGCUGGAAACACCACAAACAUUUUCAAGGCUGUAUUAACCUCUGCAUUUGUUUAUGAUUUCCCAGGUGUGAAUGGCCUUGGUUUAUCUGUUGGACGAUUAGACAUAGAAAAAGGUUUUAUGACGCCAUUUUCACUUUUUACCAAGACACUGAAACCAGGAGAUGUUAUGGUUAUUCCACAAGGACAAUUGCAUUUUCAAGUGAAUUCUGGAAACAGAAGAGCCACUGCUUUUCUUGCUUGCAGUAGCCCAAACCGUGAAGCACAACUACUUGAUCUACUAUUGUUUAGUAAUAGCUUACCUUCUGACUUGGUUGCACAAACUACCUUCCUUGAUGUUGCACAGGUGAAGAAGCUUAAGGUUCGUUUUGGUGGCAGAGGUUAA